AUGGACCAAGAAUUUUUAAAAGUUAAGGAGGGUAUAUAUAAUAAUGCAUGCGACGACAUUAUAAAAAACUACAGUCUAUUUAAAGAAGAGCUGUGCUUUUAUGAAGGACUUUUAUUAAGAGGGACUAGGAUAAUCAUUCCUGCUCAACUACGGAAACAAGUUCUCGCAGCAGCUUACGAGGGCCAUCUAGGAAUAGUUCUCAUGAAAGCUAGAUUAAGGACCAAGGUUUGGUGGCCUAGGUAUGACAAAGACGCUGAAACUUUAGUGCAGACCUGCAAAGGAUGUACAUUCAUAUCAGCUCCAAACCCCCCAAACCCCCUAAAGCGACGAGAAUUACCGAAUGAACCUUGGGUAGACAUAGCCAUCGAUUUAAUGGGACCUCUUCCAAAUGGAGAUUUCAUACUCGUCGUUGUGGAUUAUUUUAGUAGAUACAAAGAAGUAAAAUUACUCGAAAAAUUUCCAGUUUAG